AUGUCCCGAGGUAUUGGUGUGGUUGAAGCUUUGGUUAUCUUUUUAGGGUGGUGGAUUUUCUUUAAGAAAAAUGCCAUCCUAACCAACUUAGAAGAGGGGUAUCGAAUGGUAUCAAGUCAGUUUAGGGGGUUUACUUAUCAAGAACUGGUGAAGGCGACACAAAACUUUAAGGAGGAGAUAGGGAGAGGAGGCUCAGGGACUGUGUAUAAAGGGGUUUUGGAAGAUGAAAGGGUGGUGGCUGUGAAAAGACUAGGAGAUGUGAGCGAAGGUGGAGAGUUUUGGGCAGAAGUGAGCACAAUCAGUAAAAUCAACCACAUGAACUUGGUGCGAAUGUGGGGUUUAUGUUCACAGAAACAACACAGAAUUAUAGUUUAUGAGUACGUGGAAAAUCUUUCUCUUGACCAGAGAUUGUUCUCCUCGAGUUUUCUUCAAUGGAAAGAAAGGUUCAAAGUUGCCAUAGGCGUAGCAAAAGGUUUGGCUUAUUUACACCAUGAGUGCCUAGAAUGGGUGAUUCAUUGUGAUGUUAAGCCAGAAAACAUUCUUUUAGAUGAGUCGUUCGAACCAAAGAUUGCAGAUUUUGGUCUGGCAAAGUUGACUCAGAGAGGUGGUCAAGGCUCGGAGUUUACCAGGAUCAGAGGGACAAAAGGAUAUAUGGCUCCAGAAUGGGCUAGCAACCUUCCUAUCACAGCAAAAGUUGAUGUGUACAGCUAUGGGGUUUUGGUUUUAGAAAUGGCAAGGGGAAUUCGACUUUCUAAUAUGAUUAUGCAGGAAGGAGAAAAGGAGGAAUCGGAGCUUAUGAGGUUUGUAAGGAUAACGAAAACGAAGCUUCAAGGAGAAGAAAUGGAGUCAUGGAUUGAAGAGAUAAUUGAUUCGAGGUUGGGAGGAUUGUUUAGUAGGAAGCAAGCUGUAAAACUUGUUGAGAUUGGUGUAAGUUGUGUGGAGGAAGACAGAAAUAAAAGGCCUACAAUGGGUUCAGUUGUACAAGUUCUAAUUGAUUGUGAGUCAGAGUAG